CCGCGGAACCGGAAGUGGAGCGGGGCCUGGGAGCUGCGGGCACGGCGGAGACGGGCCGACCCCGGGACAGAACCUUCCCCAAAUGCCUGGCAGCCUUUCCUUGGACCACUAACGCCUAACCCGAGCUUUGUGAACAAGCCUGUCGCCCGUCCCCAGCAAGAAAGAUGUGGAAAGCCUCUGCCGGCCACUCCGUGUCCAUCACCCAGGACGACGGGGGUGCGGAUGACUGGGAGACCGACCCCGACUUCGUGAACGACGUCAGCGAGAAGGAGCAGCGAUGGGGAGCCAAGACGGUGCAGGGGUCCGGGCGCCAGGAGCACAUCAACGUCCACAAGCUGAGGGAGACUGUUUCUCAGGAGCACCAGACCCUCAAGGAGAAGGAACUUGAAACAGGGCCUAAGCCCUCCCAUGGCUACGGGGGCAAGUUCGGUGUGGAGCAAGACAGGAUGGACAAGUCAGCCGUGGGGCACGAGUACCAGUCGAAGCUCGCCAAGCACUGCUCCCAAGUAGACUCAGUCCGCGGCUUUGGAGGCAAGUUUGGGGUCCAGAUGGACAGAGUGGAUCAGCCAACCCCCUGCGUCUCCCCAGACUACUCCAGCGGCUUUGGCGGCAAGUACGGCCUGCAGGCAGACCGCGUGGACAAGAGCGCCGUGGGCUUCGAGUACCAGGGCAAGACGGAGAAGCAUGCUGUGUGUGUAGACUACGUGAAGGGGUUUGGAGGGAAGUUUGGUGUGCAGACAGACAGACGAGACAAGUGUGCCCUUGGCUGGGACCAUCAGGAGAAGGUGCAGCUGCACGAGUCUCAGAAAGACUAUAAGGCGGGUUUUGGAGGCAGAUUCGGCGUGCAGUCGGAGAGGCAGGACCCCUCCGCCGUGGGGUUUGAAUAUAAGGAGGAGCUGGCCAAGCACGAGUCCCAGCAAGAUUACUCCAAAGGGUUCGGCGGGAAGUACGGGGUACAGAAGGACCGCAUGGACAAGAACGCAUCCACCUUUGAGGACAUCGCCACGGUGCCCUCUGCCUACCAGAAGACCCUUCCUGUGGAAGCCGCGAACAGCAAGACGAGCAACAUCCGGGCGAACUUUGAGAACCUGGCCAAGGCGCGGGAGCAGGAGGACCGGCGGAAGGUGGAGGCAGAGCGGGCGCAGAGGAUGGCCAGGGAGAGGCAGGAGCAGGAGGAGGCCAGGCGGGAGUUGGAGGUGCGGGGAGACGCAGCUCCAUUCCGGGCCGAGCCAAGCCCCAGAGGUGCUGAGCCUGAGCCCGUCUACAGCACGGACAACCACGGUGGGGCGGGCAGCCCGCCGGCCCUGGCCUACGCCCCCGAGGCUGUCUACGAGACCACCGACGAUGCCCAGGACCACUACCAAGCAGAGGAAAACACCUACGAUGAGUAUGAGAGCGACUUGGGGGUCACGGCUGUCGCUCUGUACGACUACCAGGCUGCGGGCGACGACGAGGUCUCCUUCGACCCGGACGACACCAUCACCAACAUCGAGAUGAUCGACGAUGGCUGGUGGCGCGGUGUGUGCAAGGGCCGCUACGGGCUCUUCCCGGCCAACUACGUGGAGCUGCGGCAGUAGGCGCCGCCGCCCUGUGCCCGCCGGCAUGGGGGCACAUGCGGCCUUCCUGUUUAAUACUGACGCGGAUGCUUCCGGAAAUGUUUAUGCCGCAGAAUCUGCUAAUAUAUUGUAAUCAUGUUCCUUAGGAAGCGGGGUGAUUGCCCGCAUUCGAGGUACGCCCUGCUCUCUCCCUGCCAAAAUGACUACCCAUCACGUGGUGCCACUGCGGGGCAGGUGGGACUCGUCGACCCCGGGCCCGCCCCUGUGGCCGGCCCCCUCCCGGUCACUGCCGUGGCCAGGCCGGUGCCACUUGCAGCUGGUUGAGAGUCACCCUUCAGGGCCGGCAGGCCCCUCAGAUUUGAUGGUGUGGGGCCUGGCCCCUUCUGCUCCUAGCAAAGAUGCUCCCACCCCCAGUCUUUCUUCUAGGCCUCCCUCCCCAGCCCCUGGCUUCCAGAUGCCCCUCUCCAGCCUGCUCUGUGGCCUCCAGGCUCGGGUGUUCUGUGGGGGCCAUGGGGGCCACUUGUGCCAGCAGCGUCCUAGUGAUGGCCCCGUGAGCCGGCCCCUCUGGGGACGCCCACCAAGCCCCUGGAGGCAGUGCCUUCGCCACCCGAUUCGGACGGGCAGAUAGACGGGGGGUGCACCCUGGGAAGGGCAUGCUGCCCGCACUGGCCACACUGAGUGACAAGCAGUGGAUGGGUCGCCCGGCUCAGAAGGAACAGCUAAACGAGCCAGCGUUGGACCAAAGCCCCUCCUGGGCGCCCCUUGUGUCCCGCCGACCCCCCCUGACCCCUGCUGAGGGGAGCCACGCCUCCUGAGAACCCUGGUGGCUGGCCAGUCACUGUGCUGCCCUUCUGGGGUGCAUUCCCCAGGACCUGGGGCGUCCCGGGCACCCACAUGUCCACAGAGGCGCACUUGGCUCCCGGCGUCUCCGGACUGGGAGGUUUUAUAUGCAAUCUUACCGUGUCAACAUUUCUUUAGCGCACCUCAUGAGUAUGAUUUUUAAAAAUUAAAUAUUCCAAAUAAACUCUUGAUCCACUUG